UGUCUGAGCUCGCCAGCUUCACAGAAUUAAUUUCAGUUGGUGGAGGUGCUCGUCUGAACAACACACUUGAAGCGAUUCAGAAGAUCAAGGUAUUGAAGAGAAAUCAUGGUGAAGAUAGCUUUUCAACCGGUGUCGGCACAAAAGCCUGACAAGGAGAACGAUGUAGAUAAAGAGGAGGUUCAUAUACCUUAUCCACAUGAGGAGCUGGUGCUUCCCCUUCAAUCCAAGAAGUCCCCGAUAAAUGGCCUGUGUUGUCUCACCUUUGGUCUUGUGGUUUUCAUGUCGGGUUUGGUCCUGGCCUCCAUCUAUGUGUACCGCUUCUACUUUAUUUCUCAGAAGUUCUCUCAAAUGCCUGAGGAUGUGCUCUUCAACUGCCACAUGCUGUACGAGGACACGGGUGUCCAUGCACCACUGCAUGGCCGCCAGGAGCUGGAAGAGAAUGUGGGCAUCUACCUCCAAGACAACUAUGAACAAAUCAGCGUCCCAAUGCCCGACUUUGGUGGGAGCGACCCUGCGGAUAUCAUCCAUGACUUUCGUCGGGGCCUGACUGCUUAUUAUGAUAUUGCACUGGACAAGUGCUACGUCAUCGAGCUCAACACCACUAUCGUCAUGCCGCCAAGAAAUCUGUGGGAGCUACUUGUUAAUGUCAAGAAGGGUACAUACUUGCCCCAGUCCUACAUCAUCCAGGAGGAGAUGAUGGUGACGGGCCGUGUGCGUAACCUGCGGCAGCUGGGGCCUUUCAUCCACAGGCUCUGCUACGGCAAAGACACCUACAGACUGAAGAGGCGCACUUCACGGAGGCGCAUCGACAGACGUGAGGCCAGAGAAUGUCACAGUAUUCGCCAUUUUGCCAACACAUUUGUGGUGGAGACUGUCAUCUGUGAGCGGGUGUAAAGACGCUCCUCUCCUCUCCUCUUCCCCACACUCCAUCCAGUGACGUCCCAAACUGUCCACUGGAUCUCUCGUCCAUUCAGCUUUAUUGCACUUUAAACUGCAUGUUAAACUUAAUGUUGUGUAAUGUACUUAUUUUAGUUUGUCCUGACCUGAGUUAGAAUUUAAUCUUAGACUGAUUUUCAUAACCAUUUUGUUUUUAAACUCUGUUUACCUGUAAAGUGUGAUGUGUAGUCAUUUGAACCCACAGUAAUCUGUCCCUCCAAGUUGGCUAGUGGAUUUAUAUUCCUUAACAUUUAGGGAAGAUUUUUAUAUAUGUGUUCUGUUGUUUUCUUUUGCCACUUUGAUUUAAUAUGUGGAAAGUCUAUAUGGUAUUGGGAUUCUUAGUAUGAACAUUUUGCAUGUACUAUGCACUGGCCUUGGUUUGUUUGUUUGUUUGUUUUUAUGUUGUCUGUUCCUCCAGGUUUAGAUUUUCUGGAGGCAUGUAAACUUCUGUUUAUUAGGAGAUCCAAAAUAUGAAGAUAUUGUCAUGAAGCCAAAACAUACCUCAUAUUUUAGAAUUAACUUGUUUGCCUAUUGUCAAGUUCAAUAUUCUUUUGCCGUGUACAGAAGCAAUAUAUUUAAAUUUUCGUAUCUUGAAUUCCAUAUAUCAAGAUCAGUGUUGCAUAAUGGUAGCUUAAUAUAUUUUCUCCCACUUUUCUAUGUGCUAACGCGCUUUCAAAAACUUCACAUAGUACGCCGGUUCCAGUCAAGCAGUUUCCCAACCUUGUCAGUAAAUGUUUUGAAGUACUGUA